AUGCCCUCAGACAAAGUCGAUCAGAAGCCCUCUCUGAGCAGAUCAGGACUCCAAAACAAUGGUAUUCAAUUUAUCGAGAAGGUGCACCAGCUCGAGGAAUUGGAAGAUUGGUUGCAGCCGAUAAGCUACCAGCUUACACGAAAACGAACACAACCUCCAAAAGAAGCAAGGAAGGUUUUCAAAAGAGAGUUGAAAGAGUUUCGAGACUCGGGGCAGGAUCACGACGAAGCUUCUGAAGGUGACUGGAGCUUGCAGCCCGGCAAGACGAAUGAAGGAUUAGUUUGCCCUGCCCAAAAGUUUGAGGUAGAGACUUGUCAGCAAGCCGCAGAAAAGGUACGACGUUGGCGCAAGAGGAACGAGAACGAGCCCAAAUGGACACAAUUUUUCCGUCGGUACAUCUUCGAGGAUUUUUCUGAUGUCCAAGGAGACGUAGAUUUCCAUAGGGAAACGAUAUACGGGUGGGAAUUACACGAAGACGUUCUUUGGAAUGAAUUCCCACAAUGGGUUCAAUCGGACCUGGAGGUUCAGCGACCGACACGACCGAAGCCCGACCUUACCUAUGGCUUCAAAAUCAUCGAAACAGCCACUGAGCUGUAUUCGGAUUACAAGCAUGAUCGGCAUGUGGAGAGCUUCUCCUUACCAUGGCUCAGUGAGCUGCGCAGUAGGAAAAAAGGUAGCGUGAUCUCGUCGCCCACGACAAAGUUACAUCAGGCAGCAAAAAGUAAACGAGUUACACUGAGCGCCAAAGAUCUGAUGUGCUUCCCGUGGGCUAUCGUCGAAGUUAAACAUGGUAUAGAGAGACCGAAUACGAGCGACGGACACAUGAGACAAAAUAAAACCAAGGAGAGUAAACAUGAGAAGAGGAAGCAAUUUUGCUAUUGCCAAGCGGCGAAUGCGUCUGCAGCAGGGCUGGUUCUAAGAGAGGAGUUGGCCAUAGUGGCUGAAGAUAAAUCGGAAUCGCAUGAUGCUCUGGUCAUGUUCUCUUUCACUUGUGUCGGCCCAACUGUUAAGCUCUGGAUUACAUACCGAGAGAAGCCAAGCGAGCACACAAGCAAGCGCGAACGUAGCCAGAAAAGCAAGCACGCGCAGAGAAGGGGACGAAUUAUCAUGGUCUGCAUCUGGGCGACAUCACUGGAAUUGACAUGGGGAGUUAUGGCGCUGCGAAUGAUUGUGGAAAACAUGCAAGAGUGGGUAUACGCCCGCGUUAAGCCUGAGAUAUCUAGGUGGAUACGUAUCGUCCACGAACAUCCCCCACAGACGAUUUCUCUAACACCUAACGGCGACACGGUAGUGCAGAGAAGAAGAGCUGCCUCUUGCGAGCCAUUGAGCGAAAGAAUGGAUUUUAAAAGAUGGGAUCUACCAGCAUUAGGGGAGCGACACUCUACCCCACGAGCAAAAGCAAUGCCUCUACUGCCACGUGGGAAGACAGCUCCGGGGUCCAUUGAUAGGUGGAAGGUUAAGUCCGACGUCCCGAGGAUACAGCUGAAUGGCUUCAUUGAAGCGAACACGGGAGAUACCAGCGAUAGUGCAGUUGAGGGAUGCUCUAGCGUCCAUGCCAGUGGGUGCGAAAGCGAGGAAGACGACCAAGAAAAACUGUCUGGAUUCAUUUACGAUGAUGAACCAUCCGAGGAUGACAAGUCCGAUGCGUCAUAUGUACCUUCCAGUUCAGAAGAUGAUAGCACAGAGAGUGAGAAUGCAGAGGAAGAGGAACUAGAGUUGCGGAUUGACGAUUAUGACACCGAAAGCGGCGAAGCUUCAAGCGAGAAUGGAGAUGUCGAAGAUGUCGAAGAGUAUGAUCAAUCUGACAAAGAAAGAAGUCAGCACUGGUUAAGCCCGACAUCGAGUGCAGUGUCAAACCUGGACGUGUAUUAUACUCCAACAAAAAACGUGAGGUGGAGAGAUAGAUCGCAAGACCGGUCGCAGAGGGGUCAAGGCCCUUCUCAGCGGUCUCGACGCUAUAGUUCGCGCUUCUGA